GGUUAUGAGAUGGUAGAACAUUGUUUAUGGGAAUAAAAGUGAUAGCGACGGAAAAGUUACUAUUUAAGUGUGAUAUAUUCCAAUGAUGUUGUAAAAAAAAGUUUUCACAAUUGCAUGUUUUCGGUAUUGCUAUUCUUGCUUUGCAUCUUCGAGAAUGACUGAAUACAAACUGGUUGUUGUGGGUGCGGGUGGCGUUGGGAAAAGUGCAUUGACAAUUCAACUUAUACAAAAUCAUUUUGUGGACGAAUAUGAUCCUACAAUAGAAGAUUCUUAUAGGAAACAGGUUGUGAUUGACGGAGAGACGUGUUUGUUAGACAUAUUGGACACAGCAGGUCAAGAAGAAUAUAGUGCUAUGAGAGACCAAUAUAUGAGGACUGGUGAAGGUUUUCUUUUAGUUUUCGCAGUUAACAGUGCAAAAUCCUUUGAAGAUAUUGGAACUUAUCGCGAGCAGAUCAAAAGGGUUAAAGAUGCAGAAGAAGUCCCGAUGGUUUUAGUUGGGAAUAAGUGUGACCUACCAUCGUGGGUAGUUGAUACAAAUCAAGCACGCGAAAUAGCCAAGCAGUAUGGAAUCCCCUUCGUCGAAACAUCAGCAAAAACACGUAUGGGUGUUGACGACGCAUUCUAUACCCUUGUACGAGAAAUCAGAAAAGAUAAGGAGCACAGAGGACGAGAAAAACGAAAAAGAUUGAGAGGAACCCACAAAAAGAAGAGAUGCUGUUUGCUGUAGAGGUUUUAAUCACUUUAACUUAUAACUAUAUUUCUUUUAAUAUUAAAAUUUUUCUAAUCUCGUUCCAUAAUUGCAUAUGAUGAGCAAUUAAUUCUUCUUUGCAUUUGCUAUGGUUGUUAGAAGCAUAAAAGCUGCUUAUACUUCCACUGUGAUUUCCACUCAGCUGUUGUCCUUCUUUUUCUGUUUGCAAAGAAAAUAAAGAAGUUUCCCGUGUGUGUCAAACCGAAAAACUGCCAAGGAAUGGGGAAAACUGAUGCUCACAUAUGUUUUGAUAAGAGAUUUUUUUAUUGUUAUUAUUAUAAAUACUUGCCUUCAUUGUAGAAGUUUAUUUUGUCAUUGAGAUCUUUUUAUUAUGUUAUUUAUACUGCCAGUAACUUUAGUGUUUACAUUUUCUGAAUAAAUGAGUCAUGUUUGCAAUAACAUUUGGCAAAUGGUACUCCUAUUUGAAAGUCUUAAGCACAAAUUCCAGUGUAGCUGAUUUUGCAUCAUAUAUGAUGUGCACAAUUCAUAAUUUUUUUAAACUCUGUGCUUCAAGGUAUGUAAACUUUUACUUGUGUGUGUGUGUGUGUGUGAGAGAGAGAGAGAGAGAGAGAGAGAGGGAGAGGGAGGGAGGUCCUUUGUAAAUGUUUUCAAAUUCACUUUGCUGUGUACAGUUAUCAUUAUAAUUAUUUACAGUUCCCUUGUGAUACCUUUUGACAUUUAAUAUGUCUUGUCAUACAGUUAUAAAAAUUUUCUUUUGUAAUUCUGGUCACUGCAGGCAGAUGUUCACCUUUGUCAUUUUUUUAAAAGUAUGUUUCAUGAAAUGAAUAACUUGUGUACUGAGAGUUAUUGUGAAGUGACCAGGCUGAUGCUGAACAGUAGAAGUUACAAUCAGCGUAUAAGUGCUUGGGAGACUUUCAGAUAUCUUGAUCACAAUUUUAUUAUUCCAGUACACCUCACAUGUUUCAACAUUACACCAUUAUCAGAGGCAAAUGCUUUAUGCCAUUAUUACUGUGAAUCAGUAGAAACUUGUCCAAAUGGGUACCUGGUAUCUAAUCACCAUUCCUUCAUAACAAGCAAUUGCAAACUGAUAUUAAGCAUUUGCCUUUGAUUAUGACGUAAUAUUGAAAAGUGUAAUGCAUAUUGCAAUAGGGCCUAGUAAAAUUGUGGCCAAGACAUCUCAAAAUGUUAAAAUGAACAAUAUAACUGAAAGAUUAAGUUGCUGUCUUAUUGAUAUGAAGAGAGUUAUCAAAUUGUGGAGCUGUACUAGUUAUAAGUCUUCUGAGAAAGGAUAUUGAGUGCACGAAGGAGACUGUAUCAGUAAUGAACAGGUAAAACAGCCAUUUUUUAAAAAAAUAUAUGUAUAUGCUUUAACUUGUGGAAACACUUAAAUUGGUGAACUUAAUUAGACUAAGUACAGUUGUGUAAAAUUGAACAACUUUAAAUAAAUUUCAUUUUCAUGACUUCAACUGAAUAUAUAAGUUGAGUGGACAUGGUCAGGCACAAGUAGGAUAAUUGUUUUAAUGAUAAAUGCCUUUUGGUAAUAUUGAUAUUAAAGCAAAUAACUUUUUAUUACUAUCUGAUGUCACAAGUGAACAUUUUCUAUUUGUCCAAAUGUUCUGUGUGUUACAAAGAAUUAUGUACUAUUAUAGUCCAAAGACACAAAUUCAGUUAAGUAGGUGUUUUUCAAUUAUAAAUUUAGUGUUUUUUUUAUUGCUGUGUUAUUACAAAUUUCACAAGUAUCUAUUGAUGUUGUUAAUAAAGCUUAAUUAAAAUUUUUGUUAGCAGUAUAUCGCAUCUCUCUUUUGAAAGACCUACAUUCCCAAAGAGAAGCGUUUCCUGUCUUCAGCAUAUUACAUAUAUUGUGCAGAGACUAUCUCAGGUAGUAAAAUGACAGGCAUGAGAGUCCAGUAAAAAUUUUUAAAAAAAGUUCCCUGUUACAAAUCUGAUUACUAGUUGUAUUAGUGGAACCAUUUUUUUUAUUUGAAGCUCCAUUUUUUAUGUUAAGAAGAGCUGCAACUGAGCAUUAGAACUUAUUUAAAAUUUCAGCUUCUAAUUACCCUUGAAAACUAAUUUCGUAAGGUAAUGCAAGAAAACACUGUAAAGGCAACUAUUAACAAAAUAUCUGUGAAAAACUAUACUAAUAUCGUAAGCCAGUCCAUGUCAAUAGCUUUUAUUGAAUUUAUUUAUUUAGUAUAGCCCUCAGGCUUAUUUAUUUUUUAUUACUAUUUUGUGUGAUUUUAUUACUGAAAAAAGCAUAAAAGUUUUUUUCAGUACGAAUGCAAUUUUAUGCAAGGCCAAAAAUAGACGUGCAAAUACAGAUUUAUGAGAUAAACAGAAAUCUCGCAGCAGGAAAAGAAAGUAUUCAUUUUAACGAUGUUUCUUAAUGGUAAUGGAAGUAAACACAUAUGCAGUUACAUGAGAACAUAAAUGGAGUAAGAAUGACAUUAAUUUUAUAAUGGAAUGACUAACGUUCCUUGACUCUUGAGCUAUUGUACAUAAAAUACUGUUAUAUGUUUUAUUUUGAAAAGUAGCAUUUCUUCUUUGGCAACUUGACAGUUUUCAGAGAACACUAUAGGAUAAAUGGUCAUAGCACUUCUCUACCACAUCACAUGGCCAAGGUGUCGUGGAUGGGACUGGCGGAACUGUAAAACAUGCAGUGUGGAGUGUAUGCAAAGCUGGUGCUGAAGAAUUUGCAAAAAUUACAAAUGAAAGAUUUUGUGGCAUAAACAUUAUUUAUAUCUGUGCCCUGAAAAAUAUAGCGAAUGAGGAAGAAUUGGGUCAAAUGUGGAUGUGAGUAGUUCCAGUAGAGCACUCCAAAACCAUCUAUGUUGUUAUGCCUACUUCUCCUUUUAUUAUGAAGUACUAUUAUUACCCCCCUUCCCAGAGGUUUGCACACAAUUUCAAAACACAAACUUCAGCAAAAGCAAAUUCACAUAAAUGAUUAAUCAUACUGUCUUACUUCAAGGGAAUUUUAUUAUGGUUGCCUAUGCUGAAAAAAAAAGGUAAAGAUUUUUUGUGGGGCAGGUGAUUUAUGUCGGCUAUGGAAUUCCAUUUUUUUAGAGUGAUGCAAUUGGAAAUAUGUUUACAUUUUCCUCAAAGUAAGAUAAAUGGUGGGUGGAAAAAUACCAAAUUGUAGAGAAACUGGCUGCACCUACUGUAAAUCAGAGUAAUAAGUACCAUUUUUCCACACAGCAGUGAUGCAGAAUGAAACUAGUAACUUUAAAAGUGAAAGUGUCAUUAUAUUACUGUAAAGUGUCAGUCCAUUACUGAAGAUUUUUUAAUUCCAUUAAUUAUUUAUUUAGUGCAUUUUGUUUCUAUACCAUCUUCUUUUCCAUUUUAUUCCUCUCCAUAAUAGAUUUUUUGUGAAUUUUUAUAGGAAAGAGCUGAGCUGAAUUAUUGUUAUAAAUGAGAACAAUAUGCGUACCUGAAUUAUGUCAGUCUGUUACUAGAAAGUUGUUUUUUUGCACAAGUCUCAUUAUAUGAAUGAAAUAUAAGCUAUUGCUCUAUGAAAAUUGUAUUUCUGUACUCGUGUAGAAAAUUCAGUAAAAACAUUUAUCCCU